UGCAAGUAAAGAGAUCAGAAAAGAACGGAGAAGACAAGAAAAUGCCGAAUAUCAAAGUUUUCAGUGGCACCACUCAUCCUGAUUUGGCGAGACGAAUUUGCGAACGUUUAGGAAUAGAGCCAGGAAAAGUCGUUACGAAGAAAUUUAGCAAUGGUGAAUGUUGUGUUGAAGUGGGGGAAUCUGUAAGAGGAGAAGAUGUAUAUAUUGUACAGAGUGGAUGUCAUGAAGUUAAUGAUAUGUUGAUGGAGUUGUUAAUUAUGAUUAAUGCCUGUAAAAUAGCCUCAGCUUGUCGUGUUACUGCAGUCAUUCCUUGUUUCCCCUAUGCCAGACAAGAUAAAAAAGACAAAAGUCGAGCACCAAUAUCAGCUAAGCUAGUGGCUAAUAUGAUAACUGUAGCUGGAGCAGACCAUAUUAUUACCAUGGAUCUUCAUGCUUCACAAAUACAGGGAUUUUUCGAUAUACCUGUUGAUAAUUUGUAUGCCGAACCUGCAGUAUUAAAAUGGAUAAGAGAACAUAUCACAGAUUGGAGAAACUGUUGUAUUGUCUCCCCUGAUGCAGGUGGCGCCAAAAGGGUGACGUCCAUAGCUGAUAGGCUAAAUGUAGAUUUUGCCUUGAUUCAUAAAGAAAGGAAGAAAGCUAAUGAAGUGGCUUCAAUGGUUUUAGUUGGUGAUGUCAAAAAUAGAGUAGCAAUUUUGGUAGAUGAUAUGGCAGAUACUUGUGGUACUGUUUGUCAUGCAGCAGAAAAACUAUUAGAGGCAGGAGCUCAGAAAGUAUAUUCUAUUUGCACUCAUGGUAUAUUCUCAGGGCCAGCUGUAACUCGUAUCAAUAAUUCUUUAUUAGAAUCUGUUGUUGUUACUAAUACUAUUCCUCAAGAUCAACCUAUGAAACUCGCACCCAAAAUUCAGACCAUUGAUAUUUCUAUCAUUUUGGCUGAGUCCAUCAGAAGAACUCAUAAUGGAGAAUCAGUAUCCUACCUGUUUGAGAACGUACCAUUAUAG